AUGGCUGAGGAGGGCUUCCAAGACCCAUCUCGUGGUUGUGUUUUUCAGUACAUCGGCAGCUUGGACGUGCCGAGGCCCAACAGCCGCGUGGAGAUCGUUGCAGCCAUGAGAAGGAUUCGGUAUGAAUUCAAAGCAAAGAACAUCAAGAAGAAAAAAGUCAGCCUCGUCGUCUCCGUGGACGGGGUGAAGGUGAUUCUGCGCAAGAAGCAGAAGAGGAAGGAAUGGAGCUGGGACGAGAGUAAGAUGCUGGUGAUGCACGACCCUGUCUACAGGAUCUUCUACGUGUCGCACGACUCGCAGGACCUGAAGAUCUUCAGCUACAUCGCGAGGGACAGUGCCAACAACUCCUUCAGGUGCAACGUCUUCAAGUCCAAGAAGAAGAGCCAGGCCAUGCGGGUGGUGCGGACGGUGGGCCAGGCUUUCGAGGUGUGCCACAAGCUGAGCCUACAGCACACGCUCCAGAGCGCCGACGGCCAGGCGGACGGCGCCAGCGACAAGUCGGAGGAGCAGCCGCUGGAAGCUCUGCAGAUGCAGGGAGCCAAGAUGGCAGAGGCGGAUGAUGCUGAUGUGGACUCUGACGGCAUCUGCCUCUCCGACCGGGGGCCCGGUGAGCUGCUGCCCACCCGGGAGGAGCUGGGACUGGCAAAGCCUGGGCUGGCUCUCAUGGACCACAACGGCCAGGACGCUGAGAGCUGCUCCGUGUGCCCGUCGGUCUCCCAGCAGCUACGCAGCCCUGGCAGCCCCUGCUCCUCCGCCUCCGUGACCCCCCUGGCCUCGCAGCACUGCCUGCAGCUGCUGCAGCACCAGCUCCUCCAGCAGCAGCAGCAGACCCAGGUGGCCGUGGCCCAGGUGCAGCUGCUGAAAGACCAGCUGGCCGCCGAGACGGCCGCCCGCAUCGAGGCGCAGGCCAGGGUCCGGCAGCUGCUGCUGACCAACCGGGACCUGCUGCAGCAUGUCUCGCUGCUGGUGAAGCAGCUGAAGGAGCUGGAGGUCCAGGUGCGGCACCGGCACCCAGUCGACCGGUCCCUGCAGAACCUGUCCCUGAACCUGAAGAACCACUACAGCCUGGAGAUGACCCUGCCCUCCACCUCCACCCCCGCCAGCAUCCUGGGCAGCCCAGUGGCCCCCAGCUCACUGGGCACCAGCGAGUCCUACCUCAACCUCCUAAGCCUGGACAAGGGCCGGCAGCGCCCAAACCCCCAGGACGGGAAUGAGGGCCCGGCAGGGCAGGACAGGCUGGGCCGGAGCGUGGAGGGCUCAGAGGUCAGCGCCGGUGUGCUGCCCAACGGGUCGGGCAGGCAGAGAGCGGAGGAUCCCGGCGGCAGGGCAGACGACAGGCCACAGCAGCCCAUCCCCAAGAUCAACCCGCCCCCUCCCGUCCUGCGCAAGCGGUCCAGCAAGACCUCGCCGAGCCUGGAGGUGGAGGCCAAGCCCGAGAGCACCGUGCCCGCCAGCCCCCGCGGCUCCAAGCUCGGCGCCGAGACCUGGACGCCGGCGCCCGGCACGGAGCAGCUCCCUUCGCAGGGGGGCCCAAGCAAGGACCGGGUGGGGCAAAACGGGCAUGCGUCCCCAGCGCCCGGCCCGUGCCGACAGCCCGCGGGGGGGCCCGGACCUGGGAGCCCAGGGACAGACUGCGGCAGUGCAGGUGGUGCCAUGGACAACACGCCGUCGUUCUCCGCGGGCAACGAGACCUGCCUGCACAUCAGCUUCUCGGAGGAUGAGCUGCUGGAGAACGAGCCGGAUGAGGCCCCGGGGCCCAGGAGGGUCCCUGCCUAGCCUGGCGUGGCACGGGGUGGCUCACGUGUGGCCCCGGGGCCAGCCUAACCCGGGAAGUGCUCUGCUCAGGGCAGCAGGGCCGGCUGUCCCCAUGCAGCGCCCCUGCCCCGUCUGCACCAGCUUCCCACAGGAGCUGUGGCCGAGCUGGGCUGCCAGGCAAAGGAGCUGCCAUCACAGCUCCCAUCCCAGGCUUGCAGUGACCUGGCUGGGUCCUUGCCACAUACCAGAGGACAAGCAGAUGCCAUCAGGCACCCCGGACACCUGGGCCAGCUGACUGUCAAGGCCCAAAUGUACUGCUGCAGCCCCUCGUGGGGCUAACACCAGCCCAGCGCAGCCCCCGGGACGCAACCCUAGGCAACGGGACACGGGGACUCCAGACUGGCAGUGCCCUGUGCCGCGUGCUCCAGGCUUCGGUGACCAGCACUUUCCAGGUCACUGGAAGCCAGUCUCCAAGCAUUUUCCCCAUCACUGUCACGGGCUUCGGCGCUGGUUGCAGACCGAGCAGGGCAGGCGGGUGGGUGCAGAGCUCGGCGAGCUGGGAAGCAGAGGCCUCUCGGCCCCUCCGAGCCCAGACUUCCCCAGCGCACGCCAGAGCCGGCUGCACACGCGGCUCUGUUCAGCCUUCCCCGGGGCGGUGCCAGCCUCUCCCACUGCCCCCACUUGUAGAUUAUUAUUAAGAGCAAAGCUGCAUUGUCAGCGUGUUUUAUGUCGCCUGCCCCGUCUCUGCCGCAGCUCGCCCCAUGGACAGGGUGGGCUGCGGGGCAGCCAACACUGCUCCCGCUGCAGGCUGGCGGGGACCAAGCGUUGUGUCCCAGCCCCGGGACGGCUGCUCUAGGUGGGUCAGUGAAUGCGCUGGAGGUUCGGGUCGGGAAGGCGUUGGUGGGCGAUGGAGAUGGGCAGCAAUGGUAUCGGGAGCCAGAAAGCAGCACAGCUCGGGGCUGGCGGCUCCACGAGGCCCAGAGCGACCAGACCGUCAUCGGCUCACGGUGGUCCACCUGCCGUCUCACACCUGGGAGCCUGGGCGGGGAGUCCCGGCCUCGCAGGCAGUCCCUAUUGAGGCAGGGCCGGACCGGAGAGCCGUGCCGACCCGCGGACUCGCCAGCCCCCAGCUGGGGUGUGCUGCAGUCUGCUGGACACCAGACAGGAAAGGUGCAUUUCCAGCCCGUUAACAGACCUCUCCGGGAAAUAAACAUG